GCCACGACAAAGUCUUUCAACAACUGAAGCUUUCUGGAAUGAAAUUCAAUCUGUACAGUCCAUAAAACAUCCCUCAAGAUGCGAAUAAGGCUACCCUUUGCAGGAGCUUUCCUCUUCUUUGUCGCAACAGCGGGGUAUGUCGGACUCACCUCAUUGCAAGUCGACACCAUAGUGGAUGACAAAAUCCUCCAUUUCCUCACCUUCUUUAUUCUCACGACCUGCUUCUACUGGAUCCUCGACACCUCUAGAAGACGGAGUCUCAACUUCACGCUCCUCAUUUGCACAGGCGUCCUCGGAAUAGGCUCAGAGUUCCUCCAGGACAUCCUUCAAAAUGGAAGGAAAUUUGACUUCUAUGAUAUUGUGGCGAAUAUUACUGGGUCCCUGGCGGCGAUUGGGUUGAGUACGUGGUACCAUAUGCGGAUGUUGGAAAGGAAGAGGCUGGCGAAGCAGUAUCAGGUUGUCCCUGGCGAGGAGGACUUGGAGCUUGGAGAGGGCGUUGGUGCGCAAGAAUUGGGGACUGUAACUGCGGCGGCUGCCGCCCCUACACUGGAUGAGGAAGUUGAGAAUUGGGACGAGAACUUGGAAGAUGGCUGGGAAGAAGACGAGCAUACAGCGGAUAGUGCGGAAGGAGAAGGGUUGAAAACUCCUAGUGCUAGCAGUGCCGGGGAGAUCGAGGGCGAGCAUAAAAGAAGAAGUGACUGAUGUGUUACGAUAUUAUGAGUUGUCUCUGGCGUUGAAACGGAUUUGCUUUGGGGGCGAUUCAGAGCUUGGGUUAUUAUCAAAGGAUGAUCAUCUCCAAAGGUCAGAAAUGAAACUAAGACAUCACGUCCAUGUUCUACACCC